UCAACAUUUAUAUUUGAUGUUUCGGUAUUAAUAUUUGAAAAAUUUAAUAAAAGCUCAAUCAAUGCAAUUGGGCAAUUAGUGGCUAUAUUCCACGAUACUAAUGGUCGUGAAAUCUCAUGCUAGUAAACAUGUCACACUGUGUAUCACACUUCUCUCUCCCAUUCUUGGACAUGGAUUUACUUAAAUGGUUGCGGUCAUUGUUUUCUACGUAGAAAUUGAGAUGGACUGCCCAAUGUCCAUUGGCAAACUGGUACUGAUUGAGCUGAAAAAAAAACAACGUCUUAAGCCAGAAGCCUGGUUCCCUGCCAAGGUGCAAGUCAAGUCGCCAAAAGGAGAGACCUUUCAGUUCCCCAUCUAUCGCUGGAUCGACGACGAUCAGGUUCAUCUGUUCAGAGAGGGCACAGCUAAGCCAGGAUUUGUACCAGAAACCCAACCGGAGAUUGAUAGAUAUAGCAGGAAGGAUGAGUUGGAUGAAAGAAGCGUACAGUAUGACUGGAGCGUUGCAGAGGGGAUUCCUGACUUUAUGAAGGUGGAGCUGGAUGCAAACGGUGUUGAGGAUGUUGAUUCUCUGCCUGAUGAGGUCCGUUUCUCCUUCACCAAGAAAACUGUGCUCCUUUUUAACAUUGGACGAGGGAUCACGGUGUUGACACUCCAAGGAUAUGUAUGUUCUACAGAACAGUGGGAAAGCAUUGACGAAAUCAGCAAGGUCUUCAGCUGCAAACAAACUCCAAUAUCUGAACAUGUCCAGAAGAACUGGAAGGAGGAUUCUCUUUUUGGCUACCAGUUUCUAAAUGGUGUCAACCCAAUGGUGAUCCGUCGUUGUUCGGAGUUGCCUGAAAACCUUCAAGUCACCGAUGCCACGGUGUUCCUCCGCGGUGGGAGGAGCCUAGCAGAUGAGAUGAAGAGGGGCAACAUAUUCCUGUGUGACUACAAAGUCUUGGAUGGAUUGAAAGCCAACAUGGUUAAUGGCAAGCAGCAGUACCUGAUGGCCCCACUCAUCCUGCUCCACAAAACCCCUGAGGAUCAGCUGCUGCCCAUAGCUAUCCAGUUGAAGCAGGAACCAUCAGAGGACAACCCAAUUUUUGUUCCUGCCGACUCAGAGUACGACUGGUUGUUGGCCAAGUUGUUUGUCAGAAGUGCAGAUUUCCAGGAUCACCAGCUUAACUCCCACUUGCUCCGCACUCAUCUUCUGGCAGAAGUAUUUUCUGUCGCCCUACUGCGUAAACUUCCCAUGGUACAUCCAGUGUUCAAGCUCCUGGUUCCCCACACUCGCUACUCCCUCCAGAUCAACUUCCAAGGCCGGAAGCAGCUCUUAGGAGAAGGUGGAUUUUUCCCAAAGUUCACCGCUUCUGGCAAAGAGGGUGCAGAUAUAAUCCUGCAACGAGCCACAUCAUCUAUAACCUACACCUCGCUUUGCAUUCGGGACGACAUCAAGGAGAGAGGGCUGGAGUCUGUGCCCAACUUCUACUACAGAGACGAUGGCUUCCAGAUUUUGGACAUCAUCAACAGGUUUGUUGAGGGAGUUCUUGGCUACUACUACAAAGAAGACUCUGAUGUCCAGCGGGACACAGAGCUACAGACCUGGGUUCUGGACAUCUUCAAACACGGAUUCAAUUCACGGCCAGAAUCUGUUUGA